GCUAUUGUUAACGCUGCUCCUUAAUUAACCUUCACCCAGGGAAGAAAAACCUCCCCAAGGCGCCCACGGGUAAACAGGGUUAUUGGGAAUCGCCUGGGACCGAACCGAUUUCUGCCUUUUAAAAUUGAAAUCUCGCCUAGUUUCCGGUGGAUUUCUAGGGUUCUUGCGGCCUAUUCACUCACCGAUUCCUAGCGAAGAAACUCGUUUUGGUUUCACAAACUCUUCUCUCUCAAGUCUCCUCCCUGUAAUCUAAUCCUCUCACUUUCAUUCUGUUCUUGUUGUUUCAUAUUUCCCGCGCAAAAUGCCUGCUGAAGGAGAGAAGACUGCGAAGAAAGAGGACGAGAAGGAGAGAACAUUGAAUUCUUCACUCACAAUGAAGAAGAUGAAGAAGAAGAAGAAGAAGAAAUCUAUGAACGACAGCGUGGGAGCUGACGAAAGUCAAGGCGAAGUGAAGAAACAAAAAGCCAUAGUCGAGAAGAAAAAGAAGAAGAAGAAAAGGAUGAUGGAAGAGGAGAAGAAGGGGGCAGAAGCGGAGCAUAACGGAAAGAAGAAGAAGAGGAAGGUGUAUGAUUUGCCUGGUCAGAAGUGCGACCCACCCGAUGAAAGGGACUCUUUAAGGAUUUUCUACGAAACACUGUAUCAGCGACUCCCUGGUAGCGAAAUGGCGGCUUUGUGGAUGAUGGAGAAUGGGCUUCUGCCUCUGGAGAAAGCAAAGGAGGUGUACAAGAAGAAUAAACAAAAGAGGAAACAGGAACAGAAGGUGGUGUCUCCCAUGAAAGCGUCUACCUCAGUUAAGAGAAACGUGGACUCAGUCACCGUCGAAAAGGCAAAGGCCCCACUAUCUCCGGCCUUUUCGGAAAAGAAGUCGGUGGUGGAAUCGGAAAACGUGUCGGUGUGGAAGAAAAUUAAGAAAUCCGGUAAGCGUAAGAGAAGGGAUGACGAUAGUGCCACAUCGGAUGACUUUGUUUUGACUAAGAAGAAGACAAAGAAGCAUAGAGAGCAUGAAAGUACAAAGAAGAUCAGAGAAUACCAUUUGGAACCCACCACUUCCAUGUGAUCUGCGACAUCUGUCCCUGUGCCUUACUUCUCACUCUCUUUUUGUCUCUGUCCUCCUUUUGGCCUUAUUACUAUUUUGUUUGUGUGGCUCUUCCGCGUGCCCUUGGUCGGCACGAAAGUGGUCUCUUGAAAAGUCAGCAACAGCUCAGUUGGAUUGGCAGAUAAAGAUAUUGAAUUUUAUGCUCCCUUCCAAGCAAA